AUGAGUCUGUUUAGAUGCACUGCAGCCCUCGACUUCUGGUAUGGUGGCAAGCUCAUUGCUGAACAUCACAUUACUGCUAAGGCCCUCUACCAAACCUUCACGAUUCUAUUAGGCACAGGACGUGUAAUUGCAGAUGCAGGUAGCGUGACAACAGACCUUGCUAAGGGUGCUGAUGCAGUCGCUUCAGUGUUUGCUAUUCUUGACCGGGAAUCAGAAAUUAACCCUGACAGCCCUGAGGGAUACAAACCAGAGAAACUCAUGGGUGAGGUCAACAUUAAAGAAGUUGAUUUUGCAUACCCAUCAAGGCCAGAUGUGGUCAUCUUCAAUGGAUUCAACUUUAAGCAUACAGCCAGGCAUGUCGACAGCCCUUGUUGGGCAAAGUGGUUCAGAGAGAACAUUAUGUAUGGAACAGAAAGAGCGAGUGAGGCAGAAAUUGAGAAUGCAGCAAGGUCCGCCAAUGCACAUGACUUUAUUAGUAACCUAAAGGAUGGAUAUGACACAUGGUGUGGUGAGCGGGGUGUUCAGCUGUCAGGAGGUCAGAAGCAGCGCAUUGCAAUCGCCCGUGCAAUCUUGAAGAACCCUGCUAUCUUGCUACUGGAUGAAGCUAAAAGUGCACUGGACAGCCAGUCAGAGAAGGUGGUGCAACAGGCGCUGGACCGAGUAUCAGUUGGCAGGACUAGUGUAGUUGUGGCACAUAGGCUAAGCACUAUCCAGAACUGCGACCAUAUCACCGUGCCUGAGAAAGGAAUUGUUGUGGAGACAGGUACACAUGCAUCCCUCAUGGCCAAGGGUCCUGCUGGAACAUACUUUGGACUGGGUAACUUGCAACAAGGAAGCGACCAUCACUGA